CAAUUAACCUAAGCUUUCUCUGUUUCAGAUUGUCUUUAUGAUCUCCACCCUUUUAAACCUGAUCUAGGGUUUAUUGCGUCGGCUCCGAUCGCAGGGUUUUAUCUCAACUUCAUAGACUCUUCGACUGUUGAUUUUUGUGUAUUCAUACUGAAGUUUGGCUUUGAUUUCCUCGUAAUAAAAUUUUGGGUCCAUUUUCCUAUCUGGGAGUGAAGUUCUUAUAUUUUCCGAAUUUUGAUUGAAGUUUGGGUUUUUUUUUUUUUGGUGUUUGCUGUCUAUUCAUGCAUUUACGUUGAAUUUAUUUAACCGCAAAUCCCAUUGUGGAUAUCGAGCAUUUGAAUUUCGAUAACCAGUAGAAGAGUUCUGGUUUUCUCUUCAGUGCAUAGAAACUAAGAAAUUCUGCAUAAUUUUGAGUCUUUUAAAAAUCUCGACUUUAAUUUUGAUCGGGAUCCUUUACUGCCAUAUAUCCUCCUGAUUCAUUUCCAGAUCGGCGAAAUUUCUUCUUCCAUUUCCUUGUUUUUAAUGUUUUUCUAUUGCCAAUGAAGCAGUGAAUCUAGGGCUUAUCUAUGGAUCUCUGGUUUCAAAAGGCGAUGAAUUUGGCUGAAGAAGCAGCAAAGAAAUCACAGGACAUAGCAAACGAAGCAGCAAAGAAAUCACAGGACAUAGCAAAAGAAGCAGCAAAGAUUUCACAAGAGAUCGUGUUAGAAACUGCAAAGAAGUCAAAGGAAUUUGCAGUUGAGGUCACAAAAAAAGCAGAUCAAAUCAAAAUCGAGGCAGUGAAAGGGGCUGACAAAAUCAAAUCUCUUGCAGACGGUAUCCCCUCUCCCAUCCCUGUUUUAUCUCGCGGUGAAUUGCAGCCAUCCGGUGAAGAUCUUGAGAAAUAUGGUGUAACUGAUGAUCUUAGAGAGUUUGUCAAGGGAUUGACACUUGACACCUUUAGGGAUUUCCCCUUGGAUAGCAAUGACGAUGAACAACUGACAUCCGAUGUCCCAACUGUCUCGAAUGUACGACAGGAUCUUACAGAAUGGCAGGCUAAGCAUGCUACACUUGUUCUCUCAUCUGUUAAGGAAAUUUCACAAUUUAGAUACUCAUUAUGUCCCCGACAUAUGAAAGAAAGGAAGUUUUGGAGGAUAUACUUUUUGCUUGUCAAAAGUCAUGUGCACCCGUAUGAAAUGCGUGCCAUGGAAGAGGCAAAGCUGAAACAACAAGAGAAGAAACCAGAAGAAACUGAGUCGAGAAGACCUACUGAAGUGCAAACGACCAAUCCAAGCAGUCUGAAAAAGGGCCCGUCUACUGAGCUGGACUUGGACGUGUUUCUUUUGGGUGAUCUUGGAAGUAGUGAUGAGGGGCCAGAUGAUGCUGAUGAAGGAUUUGAUGAUGACUUUGACAAGAUUGCCUCGGACAGUGAGGAUGAUGCGGAGAAAAAGAAGCCCUAAUCUGGCACAUUUUGGCCAAGAGCUCACCAAAACAUGUGGAUCAUGAAGCCAACUGAAGCAGGUCUGCAUUUCUUUCUUUUGUAACUUCCAACAUGGAAGAGCUUGCACUUGUUACAUAGGCAAGGAGAGCUUAUCUGCUUGUCUUAUCACCGCAGCUUUUAUUGCAAGAUUUAUGAGGGGUGUAUCUGUUCUUUAAACCUAUUGAUUGGAAUUCAAAUUCUUUUGAACUCUUCCAUCAUUAUUUUGCUAGGAUAUUCAUUUUUUUCUUUCA